GCAAGGCAAGAAACAAACCAGCGAAGCAGCCAUGGACAACAAGAUCACAUUCUCCCUCCUGCUGCUUACUCUCACAGGCGUCUGUCAAGAGUCACUUCUGGGUGGAGAGUUGCGGUGUCACUGUCUCCAGACUGUCUCGGGCUUGAUAUCACCAAAGCACUUGGUACAUGUGGAAAUCAUCCCCAAAGGCCCACAGUGUGGCACCGUGGAAGUGAUUGCGACACUGAAGACGAGCCAGCAAAUCUGUUUGGAUCCCGAGGCCAAAUGGGUGAAGAUGAUCAUUAAGAGGCUUUUACGCAGCUCAUCCGGCAGACUGCGCAAAUAGGAAAAGCAGAGAUAAUGCAUAUAACCCCAUGCGGAAUUCUCAGCCAUGAUGUAUCUCCAAGGGCCAGGCUGUUCAUAGUUUGUUUUACUCUUUCAUUCUCUGUCCACACUGACUCAUCCCAUAUACAGACUGUUAGUUUGAGAAAGGAAGCUGCUGGAGUAAAUAUACCGUCACACUACCAGGAGACUUGUGAGUUUUAUGGCAUGAUCAUGCUGCGCGCUUUUCUGUGGAGGCACUUGGAGCUGAAUCCUGGGCUCAGUACAGUCAACAGGAACACUCUCAUUGAUUUCGAAGGGUCAAGGAUUUGGCUGUUAUUGAAUUGGCCUUUAAUGCCAAUCUGUGAGUUUCACGUUGAAAAGCUGUGCAGUGUCACAUUUAUUCGUGCAAGAGGGCUUUCAUAAUCACAGAAAAAAGAAUAAAGCAAAAGUACACGUUGGAGUGUCCCAGAAUGCAAAAAAGAGUUUGUGUAUAUUAAUACAAUACGGUUAAUAGCAAGAAGCCAUGUCACUGACUGUGAAACAAUUGCACUAUUUAGAAUGUCUUCAAUAUUUUAAAUGCUGAACUCUUGAUUUUAUACACAUUAUCUUUAUCACUAGCCAUAAAA